AGAGAGCGAGGUAUUGUGUUGUGGUGUUGUGGGGGGUUAGUGUUGUGGUUUAUCGAGAGAGUAACGAAGAGAGAAUUGUUUGCUAGGGUUUGAAUGUGGAUGGGGAAGGAAGAAGAAGAAAUGAGAGGUGAAAUCGAGGAACGAUUAAUCAACGAAGAAUACAAAAUCUGGAAGAAAAACAGUCCCUUCCUUUACGAUCUCGUCAUAACACACGCUCUCGAAUGGCCAUCACUAACCGUCGAAUGGCUCCCGGACCGCCACGAACCACCCGGAAAAGACUAUUCACUCCAAAAACUCAUCCUCGGCACUCAUACUUCCGAAAAUGAGCCCAAUUACCUCAUGUUAGCACAAGUCCAACUCCCUCUCGACGAUUCCGAAAACGACGCUCGUCAUUACGACGAUGACCGUCCUGAACUCGGUGGUUUCGGUUGUGCUAAUGGUAAAGUACAAAUUAUUCAACAGAUUAAUCAUGAUGGUGAGGUUAAUAGGGCUCGUUAUAUGCCUCAGAAUAGUUUUAUUAUUGCCACUAAAACUAUAAGUGCUGAGGUUUAUGUUUUUGAUUAUAGUAAACAUCCUUCUAAACCUCCACUUGAUGGUUCUUGUAACCCUGAUUUGAGGUUAAGAGGUCAUAAUACUGAAGGUUAUGGUUUGUCUUGGAGUACAUUUAAACAAGGUCAUUUGCUUAGUGGUUCUGAUGAUGCUCAGAUUUGUUUGUGGGAUAUUAAUGCUACGCCCAAAAAUCGUUCGCUCGAUGCUAUGCAGAUUUUUAAGCUACACGAAGGUGUUGUGGAAGAUGUGGCUUGGCAUUUGAGGCAUGAGUACUUGUUUGGUUCUGUUGGGGAUGAUCAAUAUAUGCUUAUAUGGGAUCUUCGAACACCGUCGGUUACUAAGCCUGUUCAGACUUGUAUUGCACAUUCAAGCGAGGUUAACUGCUUGGCUUUCAAUCCCUUCAAUGAAUGGGUAGUUGCUACUGGUUCAACUGAUAAAACAGUUAAAUUGUGGGAUCUGCGCAAGAUCCACAAUCCACUCCACACCUUUGAUUGUCAUAAGGAGGAGGUUUUCCAGGUUGGCUGGAAUCCAAAGAAUGAGACUAUCUUGGCUUCUUGUUGUCUAGGUCGGAGACUCAUGGUGUGGGAUCUUAGCAGGAUUGACGAAGAGCAGUCACCAGAGGAUGCUGAAGAUGGUCCACCAGAGUUGCUAUUUAUUCACGGUGGUCAUACGAGCAAAAUAUCUGACUUCUCUUGGAACCAAUGUGAAGAUUGGGUUGUUGCUAGUGUGGCUGAAGACAACAUACUUCAAAUAUGGCAGAUGGCCGAGAACAUUUACCAUGAUGAAGAUGAUAUGCCAGAACAGUCAGCGAAGGCCUCCUAAUGUAAUUGCCCGUCUUUAUAGUCAGUUUAGUGUGGAAUACAGGCUGGGUGCUUGGGACUUAAGUGCUUUUCCAUCUGUAUUCUCGCUGUUACUCCUUUCUACACAGUUGUAAGUGUGUUCCAGUAUGGUUAAGGUAUGUUUGCCUUGUUUGUAACUGAAAAAAUUCUGAGAAAUUGGCUGAUUGACCUGUUUUAUAUUUUGGAUCUCCAAUUCUUCCUUGGACA